AUGGCAAAUAGUACUGGUUCUCCGUGUGGUGCAUGCAAAUUUCUCAGGAGGAAAUGUGCCGCGGAUUGCAUUUUUGCACCUUACUUCUGCUCAGAGCAAGGCCCUGCUAGAUUUGCUGCAAUUCACAAGGUAUUUGGUGCUAGUAAUGUAUCCAAGUUGUUAUUGCAUGUCCCAGUGCCUGAUCGCUGUGAGGCUGUUGUAACUAUAGCUUAUGAAGCUCAAGCAAGGAUCAGAGAUCCUGUUUAUGGCUGUGUUGCUCAUAUUUUCGCCUUGCAGCAACAGGUGGCAUACUUGCAAGCUCAACUGAUGCAAGCCAGAGCUCAGCUGGCGCAAACCAUGAUUGACUCAUCAAGAAGUGCGGAGAAUCACUGGCCAAAUAACAUGGCUGCAAUGGGUUCAUUUCAGACUUAUCCAACUUAUGCAAACUCCAUCUCGCCCCAGAGCUCAAUUUGCUCGCUUGAGUCCAUUGACCCCAGCAGCGAUGGAAUUGGAGUGCAAGAAAUGAUGAGAGGCUUAGAUGACAUUUCCUUCCAGGCAUAUGCCAGGAAAAGGCCUUCACAAACCGACCUGGGGGAACUUCAAGCACUGGCUCUUAGGAUGAUGAAAAACUGAGUCAUCAUCAUCCAUCCAUGAUAUCAGAGAUUGAUUUUCUAUGGCUUCAAAUUAUGUACAUAGAGAGAUUAGAAAUGAAG